GGCAGACAGCAGGCUCUAUGAUUGGAUUGUUUACUGGAUCCUGAUAUCUGACAUAUCAACGAAGCACAAACAACACAAACGCUGUCUUGAUUAUAGGUUUCUGAUAUAACCCACCACAACAAUUGCACAGGCAACGGUUGGACAGUUGGAAAAACUUCUUUUUUUUUAAAACAUUAGCAGCAGUAACGUGAUACCUCACAGGUAUUUGCCUGACUUUACUAUUCUGAAAAGACUUGAAACAACCAGAGCUGACUGCAGGAACGCUUCUUCCGCCUGUGCUCCUCUCCUGCACUUCCCAACCAGGAAACAUGGCGAGUAACCUCGUCUCGAGGUUAUUGCGUCCCCCUGUGUUUACACAGCUGGCGUCUCUCCGGUCGUGUUGCGUGUCUCGGGGGAAGGCGGCGUCGGGGAUCAGACACUUCUCCAGCAGUGAUCCGCCACCGGAGAACAUCAGUCGCUAUCCAAUCCCUUCCAAGAAAGACCUACCUAUUGAUAUAGUGGAGGUAAUGGAGGAAGUUGAGUCAAAGGGAGGCUUUUUGCCCAAUGUCUUCAAAACCCUCUCUCAUCGACCUGCAGAGUUCAGAGCCUUCUUCGCUUACUACAAUGAACUAAUGAACAAAGAGACAGGUGGAUUGACCAAGGCAGAUCGUGAGCUGAUUGUAGUUGCUACCAGUAUCCACAACAAGUGUCUUUACUGUGUGGUAUCCCACAGUGCAUUGCACCGCAUCUACUCUAAGAAACCCACUCUUUCCGAUCAGGUCGUUGUUAGCUAUGAAAAUGCAGAGCUGUCAGCUCGGGAGCGCACUAUGGUGGACUUUGCGAUGGCUGUGUGUCGCAGCGAUGCCAUUACAGAGCAGCAUUUCCAGUCUUUGGAGGAAGUUGGCUUUGACCGCGAGGAUGCGUGGGACAUCGCUGCCAUUGCUGCUUUCUUUGCCAUGUCCAAUCGGCUCGCUCACCUCACCGACAUGAGACCAAACUUAGAGUUUUAUAACAUGGGCCGUAUGCCACGGGACAAGAACAAGGACAAAGGGAAAGUGGAAAGAGAAUAGCGUACAGACGACAUUAUCAGAUGUCAAGGUGUUAUAUAUUCUUUUAAUUUAGAGGUGUGUGUGUGCGUGUGCGUGUGCGUGUGUAUUGAUGGGGCAGACAUGGUUUUGUUGAAUCUAUAUCAUUAGUCAUUGUGUGUAGCUGUAGUCAUAUGUCUGCUUAUUUACCUUGACAUUUUGAAUUUUAGGUGACUGGUUGUUCACUAGACACUUGCCAUUUGGUGGCGGAAACUCAUUUUUUUGCUGCUAGCUGUUGAUCAUAUUUAAAUUUCACACUUGUCUUCCAUGUUUGCGUCAUAACAUCUAUGAAAAACAAUCACAUGAAAGUCAAAAUCUCAUGCCAGCUCUUUAUUUCGUUGUUCCCCAGUUGAAAGGGCUCUUUGUUAUGAUGUGUUGCACAAUGCAUUGUUAUUGUGACUACCAGGAAGGUUUUAAAUAAAUUACUAGCAUUGUAGCGCAGCGAUGUAACCCUGUGUUCUAAAGUUUCGAAAGGCAUUCCCUUUUACCUACUAAAUAAACUACUUUUCCUGAUAAUA